ACUACAACGACGACGACAUAACGACGGUGGUUACACACCACGACCGUGCUUAGAUUCUUGCGCAGCGUUACCAGUCGACCGCGUUAAUCGAUACGCUGCGCGAACGACGUCGACUCCGACUGCGACCAAGUGCACAGCAUCCCGUCCCAUCUGUACGUUGAUCAAGCCCAAUCUCUACGACUAUCCCAUCUCUGUCGAGUGUCUGCAUCUUCUACAAUGUCAUUCACGCAAGGCAAGCUUUGUCCAUGCAAUCCGACUACUGAAAGAGGUGUGUCAACCAAAUUGAGCGCGACCGGCAGCAAGCUAGUUUAUACGAAUGGAUCAACUGUUGUUAUUCGCGAUCUGGCUGACCCAGCGGGUAACAGCACUUAUGCUGGCCAUAUUCAACCUGCGACUGUUGCGCGGUUCUCCCCUUCUGGAUACUACUGUGCUUCUGGGGACGUUGCUGGCAAUGUCCGAGUUUGGGACACGGUCGGUGCCGACAGAAUACUGAAGAACGAGGUCAAGACUGGGAUCAAGAUAAAUGACCUCGAGUGGGAUGGCGAGAGCAAACGCAUCAUUGCGGUGGGAGACGGGAAGAGCCGCAUGGGAAGCGUGUUCACCUUCGAUACUGGAAACUCUGCGGGCGAGAUUAUGGGUCAUUCUAAGCCAAUAAAUGCUGUCUCGAUUCGCCACCAACGACCCUUCCGAGCCGUUACUGCCUCUGAUGAUGCACAGAUCGCCUUCUUCGAAGGUGCACCCUACAAGUACAAGAAAUCGAUCAAGACCCAUACACGCUUCGUUCAGGAUGUUCGCUACGCCCCGUCGGGCGAUCUGUUCGCCAGUGGAGGGUCGGACGGCAAAGUCUUUCUUUACGAUGGGAAGACUGGAGAUGUGAUCAUAGAGUUGAAAGAAGGUGCACAUUCAGCCACAGUGAUGGCAUGUAGUUGGAGCACAGACUCUAAGUCACUCGCCACCUCAUCGACCGAUGGCACUGUGAAAUUAUGGGAUGCCGAAACCCACAAGAUUAUCAACACCUGGACAGUGGGCACGGGCAUUCACAAUCAGCAAGUUGGCAAUACCUGGGUGCAGGAGGACAUUGUCAGUCUCUCCCUCUCCGGCGAUCUAAGCGUAUUCGAUCGCAGAGAGGCGGAGAAGCCUCGGCAGAUCCUCUAUGGCGCUCAACGGCCUAUCACUGCAUUCACUGCCGCAUUAUCCGGCACCAUGUAUGCGGGCUCAUACGAUGGUCGCGUGGUGUCUUUCUCUGACAAUGGGGCCGAAUCCGUUAAAGGAGACGGUCCGUCCUCCCAAGUGACCGCCUUGGCUGCUGUCGAGAAUAAGGUGAUCUCCACCAGCUUCGACGAUUGCGUAAGGGAGAUUGACCUGGGAACUGGUGCAUUUACAUUGAUGUCAGUUGGUACGAAUGGUCAGCCUAAGGAUGUCGCUUGCGACAUGGAUGGCAUUUAUGUCAUAACCAGCCGAGGUUUGGAAUGCAUCAAAGAGGGAAAAGUUCUGUCGAAAACACCCGUCGGUUCUACCCCCUCUUCCGUUGCGACUUCUGCAACCCUCAUUGCAGUUGGUGCUGAGGAUCAAAAGGUUUACCUGUUUGAGAAAGGCGCUGAUCCGAAAGAGGUGGGCAAGCUGGAGUCCAACAGGGGGAUGAUCACAGCGCUCGCGUUUUCUCCCAGUGGGCAGCUUCUAGCAGCAGGCGACUCGACCGGUCGCAUUGUGCUAUAUGACGUGGAGAACAAAGAGGUGAAGACAUCGCGAUGGACGUUCCACACCGGGCGUAUCUCGUCAAUCGCCUGGACACAGGACGGCAAACAUGCCGCAUCUGGUUCUCUAGACACGAAUAUUUAUAUCUGGAGCGUGGACAAGCCGAUGAGCAACAUCGCAAUCAAGAAUGCGGGAACUCGUGGAGUCUCCGGAGUGGCAUGGGUGAGCCCUAACAUCGUUGCAAGUGCUGGUGCGGAUGGGUGUGUAAGGACGUGGGAGAUUAAGUUCCAUGAUUGAGGAUUGUUGUGCUUUUUUGCCCUGGAAAUGAAUUGAAAUGCGAGGAUGG